UGGUGUGGUUGGUGGUUUCGGAACCACCACACUUCACGUCAACGGUAGAACAACCUUCAUGGUUAACUCCUUAACCACACCAAGUCUAGACGGUGGGGACGAGCGCCCCAUCAUGGUAGACAUGAACGAGUCUGGGUACGAGCGCAACCUCUACCUCUACUCGGAGGAGCUGGCCGACCGUCCCCGCAUGUCUACCAUCAUCAGCCAACUGGCGAACUACAACGUGGCCAUCCCCACGGCCCAGGACCCCGACGCUAAACCCCCCCAGGCAUCGGCGCGACUGGGCACGGUCAUGGGCGUAUUCCUGCCCUGCAUCCAGAACAUCUUCGGCGUGAUCCUCUUCAUCCGCAUGCCCUGGAUAGUGGGCACCGCUGGGGCCCUGAACGCCUUCAUGCUGGUCUUCAUGUGCUGCUGUACAACAUUCCUGACGGGGGUCUCCAUGUCAGCCAUAGCCACCAACGGGGUGGUCCCGGCGGGCGGGUCCUACUUCAUGGUGUCGCGGUCCCUGGGGCCCGAGUUCGGGGGGGCCGUGGGCCUCCUCUUCUACACCGGGACCACCGUGGCCGCCGCCAUGUACAUCAUCGGGGCCAUCGAGAUACUUAUAACGUACAUCGCCCCCGGCAUGUCCAUAUUCGGGGACUUCACGAAGGACGUCAACAUUAUGUACAACAACUUCCGCGUGUUCGGCUCAUGUCUCCUCGUGAUCCUCGUGGUCAUCGUCAGCAUCGGCGUCGCCUUCGUCAGCAAGUUCGCCUCCGUGGCCCUCGCCUGCGUCAUCGGCUCGAUAUUCUUCAUCCUCGUCGGCAUCUUCGUCAACAUCAACGGCUCCGACGACCUCAUGAUGUGCACGCUGGGCCCCCGUCUGUUAGCUGAGCCCAAAGACGGCAACUGCAGCAAGGGCGUCGGUAACGCCCUCUGGAGGAUGUACUGCGCCACAGGGGACGAGCCGGGGCAGUACUCCGAGAACAUCACAGACUGCGACGAGUACUUCGUUGCUCACGACCUACAGCUGCGGCGCAGUAUCCUGGGGCUGUCGUCUGGGGUCUUCAUGGAGAACCUGGGCCCGAACUACAUGCAGAAGGGGCAGAUCGUGGCGGACUCGGACCUACAGGAAGACUAUGACCCACUUGGCCGACCCACUUACAACCAGGUCAUCAUCGACAUCACCACCUCCUUCACCGUCCUCGUCGGCAUCUUCUUCCCCUCCGUUACCGGCAUCAUGGCGGGCAGCAACAGGUCCGGGGAUCUAGCGGACGCCCAGAAGAGCAUCCCCGUGGGGACGCUGUGUGCCAUCACCGUCACGUCUACCGUCUACUGCUCCUAUCUACUCUUCUUUGCUGCCACCUACGACAGUCUACUCAUCAGGGAUAAGUUCGGGAACAGCGUGGGCGGUCAGUUGGCCAUUGCGUCUAUCGCGUGGCCCAACAAGUUCGGGAACAGCGUGGGCGGUCAGUUGGCCAUCGCGUGGCCCAACAAGUGGGUCAUCCUGACCCAUGUUAACGUCCCUGUCCUCCACCAGGUUCGGGAACAGCGUGGGCGGUUCGGGAACAGCGUGGGCGGUCAGUUGGCCAUUGCGUCCAUCGCGUGGCCCAACAAGUGGGUCAUCCUGAUAGGAUCCCUGCUGUCCACCAUCGGGGCGGGCAUGCAGUCCCUCACGGGGGCGCCGCGCCUCCUGCAGGCCAUCGCUAAGGACGGCAUCAUACCGGUGCUGGCGCCCUUUGCUAAGAGCACCGCACGCGGCGAGCCCUUUAGGGCCCUCAUGUUCACUGCAAUGAUAUGUUUCAUCGCCAUCCUGAUCGGCAACAUCGACAACAUCAACCCGCUGCUGUCGAUGUUCUUCCUCAUGUGCUACGGCUUCGUCAACCUCGCCUGUGCCCUCCAGACCCUACUGCGUACCCCCAACUGGCGCCCCCGCUUCAAGUACUACCACUGGUCGCUGUCGUUCAUAGGGCUGUCCCUAUGGCUGUNGGGGGACGGCAUCAGGGGGUUAGCCCUCUCAGCGGCCCGCUACUCUCUACUGCGUCUGGAGGAGGGUGAGUGGGGCGAGUGGGGUGAGUGGGGGGACGGCAUCAGGGGGUUAGCCCUCUCAGCGGCCCGCUACUCUCUACUGCGUCUGGAGGAGGGACCCCCCCACACCAAGAACUGGCGUCCCCAGAUCCUACUCCUUAUUAAGCUCAGCAAGGACUUGGUCCCGAAGUACAAGAAGCUGUUCACGUUCGCGUCCCAACUUAAGGCCGGUAAAGGACUUACCAUCGCCGUGGCGGUCCUUGAAGGGGACUUUACCAAGUCCUAUGGCGAGGCCCAGGCCGCCAAGAACUCCUUGAGGAAGGCCAUGGACGAGGAGAGACUUAAGGGCUUCGUGGACGCCUUGGUUGCCAGCAACGUGUCCGACGGCAUCAACCAUGUGAUCCAGACGUGCGGGCUGGGGGGCAUGAAGCCCAACACUGUCGCGGGCACUAUCGACAUCUGGUGGAUCGUGCACGACGGCGGGCUGCUCAUGCUGCUGCCCUUCCUGCUGCGCCAGCAUAAGGUGUGGAAGAACUGCAAGCUGCGCAUCUUCACGGUAGCGCAGCUGGAGGACAACAGCAUCCAGAUGAAGCAGGACCUGAAGACGUUCCUCUACCACCUCAGGAUAGACGCUGACGUCGACGUCGUCGAGAUGGACGCCCUCACGAUGGACGGCGACGAUAUACAGGACCAGCUGCCGCUGCCUGCCCUCGGCGAUGUCCAGUCCAUAGUGGACCACCACCACUCGUCGGUGGAGCACGUGUCCAGCCGCGUCCGCUUCCAGGAGAACCCCGAGGAGGGGGCCGCCGACCCCAACCCCGACCCCGACGCUCUACCCCCUCCAGAAAAUGUGGAGGAAGAAGGUGAGGGUGAAGGGGGCGAUGAGCCCGCCCAACGCGCCUCCACCAACGAGAACUUCAAGAAACUUCUGGCCCUUAAACCGGACGAGGCCAACGUUCGUCGCAUGCACACGGCAGUGAAGCUGAACGAGGUGAUAGUGAAUAAAAGUCACAACGCGCAGUUGGUGAUCUUGAACCUGCCUGGCCCGCCCAAACAAACGCGCCCCGAGACCGAAAGCAACUACAUGGAGUUCCUCGAGGUGUUGACAGAGGGGCUAGAGAGAGUUUUGAUGGUGCGCGGUGGCGGCAGAGAAGUCAUCACCAUAUAUUCGUAAAGUGGAAAGCUUAUACUCCUGUUACGUACAUAAGACGUCCGGUGUAUGGAAAUGAUGUCAUCUGCAUAGUAUAAGUGAGAAAUCCUUUGAAAAGUUGAAACCGUUCAAAAGGGUACGGUUGUUAUGAUGUUUUAUGGUGAUUUAUGAUUAUCGUCGAGAAUGGCUGUUGUUUGAUGUUUUCUGUUGGAUCUUUGAAGGUCAUUACUUCCUACUUGGAAAUCUGGGUGUACCUGUUUUUUGCCAACAAUUAUGAUCUGCAAGACGGUCUGAAGUUCAAAUACGACGAAAUCUUCCGAAACUCUUGAUCCCGGGCUCCUUGAGUGCAAGUUUUGUCCUGAGGUGCGGACACAGUAGCUGGAAUUAAGGACUCAAGUUUGGUUUGUUUGGGGCAGGAUAAGUUCCCUCAUCAGUUUGAAGGAAUGUAUCAACUCUUGACAAGAUCUAAAAUUUUGUAGACAAACGGACAAACUUACUGUUAAUUUACGAGCCGGAGGGAAGUGGUCAAGAAACCAAUAUAUCCCAUUGAUAGUGCGGUCAUAUCUGGAACCAUCCAAGAUGGAGAAUAUGGUGAUGACAGAGGGGUUAUUGUCCCUUGGUAUUGAUGGUCUAUCACCUUCUGGUAGGUUAACCUGAAACCAUCUGGCACAGAGAGUUAGGUGUUGACAGAGGGAGUAGUAUCACUUGGUAUGAUGGUCUAUCACCUCCUGGUAGGUUAACCUGAAACCAUUUGACACAGAGAGUUGGUGUUGACAGAGGGAGUGGUAUCACUUGGUAUGAUGGUCUACCCCCUCCUGGUAGGUUAACCUGAAACCAUCUGACACAGAGAGUUAGUUGUUGACAGAGGGAGUGGUAUCACUUGGUAUGAUGGUCUACCACCUCCUGGUAGGUUAACCUGAAACCAUCUGACACAGAGAGUUUGGUGUUGACAGAGGGAGUGGUAUCACUUGGUAUGAUGGUCUACCACCUCCUGGUAGGUUAACCUGAAACCAUCUGGCACAGAGAGUUAGUUGUUGACAGAGGGAGGUGGUAUCACUUGGUAUUGAUGUUCUACCACCUCCUGGUAGGUUAACCUGAAACCAUGUGAUACAGAAGGUUAGGUGUUGUAAGAGGGAGGUGGUAUCACUUGGUAUGAUGGUCUACCCCCUCCUGGUAGGUUACUUACUUGGUAUUGAUGUUCUACCACUUCUUGGUAGAUUCGACAAAAGUUAUUCUACUCUACUCAUGCUCACUGUAGAUGACGAUUUGUAAGUUAUACCAAAAAUGUAAGGCGUGCUGAAUUCCACGGAUUUAAAUCCUAUUGGAAUAAGUAUUAAAUUCCAGGUUUGAUCUGUAAAAGAAUUAUGCACUUUGGGGGUUCUCAGUCAUGAUCAAAUUUGCAUUAACUUGAACUUAAUGCUCAUGUUCUGUAUUCUACUAGUAGAGUACUAGUUCUAC